UCAAUAAUUCAUCCAACAAACAAAGAAAACUCUCUACAUGGCUACUACUACAACUCUAUUAAUUCAAGAAAUCAUGGAGAACUUCCACUACUCAAGAAGAUUACUCCCGGAGGCGGCCACCAUGGCGCCGCCUCCGGCAGCAGCCAGAAUCAGCCACGAUACAAUUGAUCAUCCACCACUUGGUCACAGAGUCAACACAAUUGAUGCAAAUGUUAUUAUGGUCUUGGCAGUACUUGUAUGUGCCUUAAUUUGUUCACUUGUCUUGAAUUCCAUCAUAAAAUGUGCAUUCAAGUGUUCUAGCCUAAUAUUGGCUGACCCAUCCUCAAACCAUACAAAUAACAACAACUCUUCUUCAAUAAAAUUAGCCAAUAGAGGGAUUAAGAAAAAAGCGCUCAAGACAUUUCCAGUUAUAACAUACACAACUGAAUUGAAACAUUCAGGAAUCGAUUCUGAAUGUGUCAUUUGUCUAUCAGAGUUCGGAGUUGGAGACAAAAUUAAGAUUCUACCAAAGUGCAACCAUGGAUUCCACGUUCGAUGUAUCGAUAAAUGGCUCAAUUCACACUCUUCUUGUCCUACUUGUAGGCACUGCCUUAUUGAGACUUGUGAAAAAAUUGUUAAUGGUGGCAAUUCUUCUAGUAAUAAUACUUCAUCAUCAUCAUCAGAGACAGCAGUACGAGAAGUUAUAGUAAGCAUUGAAUCUCUCCAACGUGAAGGUGUGAUAGCCAAUUAAUUAACUAUCAAAAUUUCGUAGAAGAAAAAUAGUAGUAGUAUAUAUAGACCUUAGUUUUUUUUUUUUUGAGAUUGGUACGUAUAGUGUAUCACAAAUACUAAAUUAGAUUAGAAGCAUAGUGAGCUAGCAUGAGGCAGAAAAUGCCAUUAAUUGUAGUUUUCCAAUGAUUCAUUAGUCUUGCAAGUGUAUAUACAAAUUAAUGUU